AUGAUAGAGAAAUCCGAAUCAACACGGAAGAGGAAUCUACCGGCCUUCUCGGGAAUCGGUUCGGCGAUGAAAACGAAACAAAAAGAUGUUAAAAGCGUAGGAAAAACUCAAGAAGACGAUGCCAAACGUCAGAACGCAUUAGCCGAAAAAUGGAAAACAUUACAAGACCAAAAGUGUGCAAUUGCCAAUGCACUAAAGGGAGAAUCAUCGAACAAGAAAAUAAAAUUUGAUGAAGAUGGUGAUCAAAAAGUAAACGAUUUGCAAUUAUCUACUCAAAAGAUAUCAUUAUUUGAUGAUGAUGAUGCUAGUGAUCAUGAAAAUCAAGGAACAUUAGUGUCCGAUUACAAGUUAAAAUUGCGAUUUGAAGGUGAAAAAGGCAAAAAGUUGUUCCAUAUGCAAACAUCUAAAGCUACUGGAGAUGACCGUUUUGUAAUGGACAAACGAUUUUUUGAAGAACAAGAAACUACUGAAAAAUUGAGCGAUGAUGAGAUAGAAAAUCAAAUGAAUAUUUUAGAAGAUGUUAUUGGCCGAUCAAUUAAAAAACAGAAUAAGAUUAAAGGAGACGAAAUAUUCAACAUGGUGAGAUAUGAUCCAACACAAGAAGAACAUAAAAAAUAUGUAAAAGACAAACCAGAAUUACCAAAACAGAAGCGGCCUAAAAAGCAAAAAAUAGAACAAAAGAAAGUUGCAGCUGAAGCAGUUGUUGAUACAGAUAAAUAUUACAAAGUUGGCGAUAAACUAAAAGAUGUAUUUAGUUCUCAAAAUCAAUUUAGCUUUACUAGCUUAUUUCCAACUUCUGAUAAAAUCGAUAAUGAUGUAGACAAAAAUGAAUAUCAAACAGAAAAAAUAACUAAACCUCAAAAGAAAUUUGGUCGAAAUCCAUUUAUUGAUGACUCUAGUGACUCAGAAAAUGAAGAAUACAAUUUGGAAAAUAGAGAAGAACAUUUUGAAGCUGAGGUUGAUGAAGUGCCUUCGGGAAAAUUUUUAGGAUCGGGAGGUGUUUGGCGAGAAGUUUUUUUUUUCAAAGUAGAUGAUUCUAGAUUCAAAGAUGCUCAAGAAUUUUAUGAUUCUCAAUUUAAUAAAACCAAUUAUACUGGAAGUCAAGAUCCAAGAUUCGUUAAGAAAAGGGAUAUAUUAAGAGAUUUUUUGAAAAAUAAAGAUAAAAGACAUAAAAGAGAUGUAGGCAAAAAGAUGUUUAGUAGAAAACUUGGAGGAACCCACCAGAAAAAUGACCAGAAAAAUAAUAAAAGUCAUAAAAAUAAACCUGUAAUUAAAACAAAUAAAGUUAAAAAGGAAAAAAAAAUAAAACCAAGCAAAACGUCUGAAUAA